UAGCCGAGGAAUUGGAUGAAAGACAGCCACUACAGAGGAGUCAUGGAGGCUGCCAUUCAGACCGUGGUGAAGGUCUUCCUGAAGUCGACCAAGGGAAAGGAGAGUCUAGGAAAGAAAGAAUUCCAGAGCCUCGUCAAGAGCCAGCUCAGCAACAUCCUGUCGGACACGGACAGCAAGGAAGCCGUCAGCACCAUGGGUCAGGGGCUGGAUGCAAACCAGGAUGGCAAGGUUGGCUUCGAGGAGUACAUGAAGCUGGUCGGCUAUCUGGCGGUCUCGCUCAGUGAGCAGCGCUCCCUCGCCAAAGAAGAGCCUGCCCAAAAUUCCGCUGCCGGACAAGUGGCGCAAAGCACCACCAACAAGGAGGAGGAGAAGCCAGAGGCAAAGCCUGAGGCAAACCAAGACGCAAAGGAGGAGGCUAAGCCAGAAGCAAAUGAAGAGGCAAAGGCAGACGCGACUGCUGAAGUAAAGGUAGAACCAAGUGCAGAUGGAAAGGUAGAAGUAAAGGUGGAGGUGAAGGCAGAGGGAGAGGCUGCGAAGGAGGAGCCGGCAGCAGCGGCGGCGGCGGUGACGGCAGCGGCAGAGGUGGCGGCAGCAGAGGCUACAGCGGCGGCAGUGGAAGUGGUGGUCAAAGAGGAGGAGAAAGUGGAGGAAACAGAAAAGGUGGAGGAAGCUGCGGAGAAGGUGGCUGCGGCUGUGGAGGAAGAAGUGGAGAAGAAGACAGAGGAUGCGACCUCAUAGGGGACAAUCCAUUCCUUCAUACACACACACAAAAAAUCACACUACAUACUAAACACUACACAAAACAUAGCAUUAACAUUGCCGAAGUAAGUUUGUAAGCCACUAAAGAUUUUUUUUAAACAACACACAACUUUGAAACACAUAAUAUAGGUAAAAGUUCAAACACUACAAAGCCAGCUCUGAAGAAACCCCAUUCCUUAGAUAUGAUUAAUAAUACGUGUACAUGACAGUAGAAUUAUUGCUCUAUACUGCUACUUACCACUAUGUUCAUAUGUACAGCAUGUGCAACCCACUAUAUAGCACAGUUACCUCAUGAUUAUAUACUAUGACUGCAUGCAGACGUACACUAUCAUGUGCAUGCCAUAUCCCUGUGAAAACGUUACUGCAAAGUAUGAUUUCCCUGCACACGAGACCAAAGUGUCGCUGCAUGUUGACACACCACUGCAGACAUCUUGUCCACUCCUCACUUUUGACUCUGUCUGGGUUUCUUCUUCCACAGUCGUGUCACACAACCUUACAUGACUUACAGUUCAGGCCUCUGGGUGAAAUAUCACUAGUAUAGGUCUUGCUAGGUACUAAUUGCUCAAAGGAAAAGUUUGACAUUUUGAAUGAUUAGCUUUCUUGCCAAGAACAAUGAUCAGAUAAUAGACACCACACUUUUAUGUGUCCGCCAUAUAUGAAGGUACAGCUAGCGCCCUUUUAGCUUUGCCUAGCAUGAAGCCUAGAAACGGAUACCCUGGCUGACGUCCACUGGCAGCUUAAAAGCUCAGUUUAAUCUUGUUCAUACUGGUUUUCAUACAAAUUCAACAAACAAGACAUAAUGUGUUAAUUAGUGAGCUCAAGAGCUGCUGGUAGGCAGGUUUUGUUUCCUGCAGACAGAGCCAGGUUAGCAGUCUCCCUCUGCUUCCAAAGUUUAUGCUAAGCUAAGCUAAGCUAACUGGCUACUGAAUAAACCUUCAUAUUUACCGGACAGAUACAAGAGUGGUAUCAAUCUUCUCAUUUUACUCUUGGCAAGAAAGCUGAGCCAAUAAGUGUAAAUCCCAAAAUCUCAAACUGUUCCACUAAAGGUUGCAUGAAAAUCUGUCAAUAACACUAUAAAACAUUUUUUACAUUCAUAUCUUUUAACUCACAGUGCUAUGGAGCUGAUUUGGCAUGACAAUAAACAAAUUGUUUUGCUAAAGCUUUGCAUUCAGCUCAUCUUAAUUGUGUACUCACUGCCACAUCACAACCUCUUCUCUCUCUCUCUUUCAGUCUACUUUAUGGGCUCUCUGUCUCUUUCUCUCUUAUUUUUUAUUACCUGUAAUUCCCAGAGAGGUUAGCUUCAUCUUAAGUCUACAGUAUAUUCUCCUCCUUCGUAGUAAGCCAUGGAUUAGGAACUGGAAGAUAAGGCGUGGCCCUCGACUAAAUAAUUAAGGUUAAAGGAUGGAACCCACGCUGAAGGACCUUUAGGGUCAAAAAGGCAAGAAUAGUCCCAUGGGAGUGGGCUGGUCACUGGAGGAGCAAGUCAGAGCAACCUAAUCCACCUGGAAUCAGAACUGGUGGACGAGAACAAGAUAACAAACACCAAGGUGAAAACAAAGCCAUAACAAGUGUCACCUGGUGGCAGUUUUUAAUCUACUUUAUGAUACAAUUAGCACACAUGUUGUUAUUGUGUUUUUCAAACCACGCUAUUACAGUGGUCAUAUUCUACUUGUUGGUGCUGGACUGUAGAGUAUCUGGAAUGGCACUGGAUUGGAGACAGAAACAGAAACUUGACCUCUUUUUGUGUGAGGCUCACUUUAAAAUUGCUGAUUGUUGCUUGUUGUUUUCCACCGGUUUAAGCACCAGUUGUUCAGGCUUGCGUGUUUGUUUGUCGGUCACACCCUCAUACGGCUUAAAGACCCUGUUUCACGUGCAACUGGAUCCUUGGGUGACCUACACAUUAGGAAACUACAGGAUUAGGCAUUUGAUGGGUAACACACCCUGGGACACAAACAAUUACAUGAAAGUAAUCCCGGCCUCCGCUGAUCCUGCCCAUCAGAUGAGGUGGCAGUGUCAGAGGGAUCGUUGUCAGAGGUUGUGCUUUUUUUAAGUUAAAAAAAAAAAAAAAGAAUACUGAGCCAUCGAUAUGAAUCAAUGUGGUAUGAUCUUUUACAGCAGGCUAAUAAUAAGAUGUUGCAUGCUAUCAGAACCGUAUUUGCUAAAUAUUACCUUUGUAUUACCAUUAUUGUGGCCAUUAUUUAAGUUCUACAUGGCCUCUUUAUAUUUAACUUUUUAACCUAAUUCUUUCUUGUUUGGACCACUAUGGAGAUCACUUGAAGACGCAGUUCUUUGUCACAUUACAUGCAAUUUGUUAAUUACAAUUUAAUGAUUUGUAAAUUGUCUCGUCAUCAAUAAUGCAGCCAUGAGAAAAAGGCUCGUGUUGCAGGAUUGCUGUAUUAUAGGUUCUACCUGUCCAGCCGUGUAGUGCUUAAGGCACACAGGUUUUGGGCACGCUACCAAACGCGCACCUCGUGCACUGAAACAGCACCAGGCACUUCAAACCGCUCGACAGCAAAAUGGGCAAGACAAAUAAACCGAGUCAUGUGGUCACCCUGUCUCACUGCAGCACUCCCAUUGUAAAUACUCAUUUACAAUCACUCUUCUCAGCCUUUGUACUCAUACAGUACGCUGUUUCCUGCAUGAGCUACUACUAACAAACUUAUUAAGACAUUUUAGGCUUUUUAGACUAUAUUAUUAUUGCUUUUUUAAUUAAAACCUAUACUCUUUUUUUAUAUCAAGACAUUUUCUAUUAAUGGUACUUCCUGUGUAAAAUGGAAACAUAUCACUCUCUUGCACCAUCUACAGCCAGUUUCCUGUUCAACAUGUACAUAUGCCUCAGGCACUUGCAACUUUUAUAUAUGUACACUGGCAAGCUGCAUACCUUCAUUUCCCAUAGGCCAGGCAUGGUUUAAACACUCUGCAGUGUUUAUCACUUUGUCUCCCUGUGCAGCUAAAAAUGUGAUCUUUGUGUUCUUAAUUUGCCCUCAACCAAUGAUCAUAAGCCUAAUUACAGUAAGAAGAAACUGGAUCCACACAAUAUCCACUUUACUGACGUGUUAAAAUUACUUUACUUGCACUACCAACAGAUUCCUGGGUUUAGAGUGACCCGAACAGACCUGGGUUAAACAUCAUCUGGAAAUUAUUUUAUGUCAGCUAAUGCCUUCUCUUUUUUAAUCUAUUCGGAAUAGCAGAUGGACGGAGUGAGCCGCGAGUGUUUUCUUUCAGAGAGAUUGAACUGCACUGAGUCUGCACUGCACUGGCAGUUUUGUUACUGUCCCAUAGUGUAAACCCAGCCCAACCUUAACUCCAUCUAGAUUAAAAACAUGCUGGAACCAAACACAUCAGAUUUGCAGCAGAGAGUGUUUGCAGCCAGAUUUUCAUUGCCACACAAUAAGUCUCAUUCAUUGAGGCACAGUAGAUGGAGAUGAAAGCCUGUGUUAAGAAUCCUCCUGUGGAUAUAAUGAGUGUACAUACAAGUAUAUGGAUGUGCUUUUAGGGUUUGUUGGGUCAAAAAUGUGUGUGAUUAUGGAGCCAUUCCCUGGACAUUGUGCAGGCUUUCAUCACUGUACGUUGAUGUGCUCUGUUUAUUUCCUGCCAAGUAUUAGAGGGUGUGUGUGUUUAGCAGUUGGACUCAUUUCAGUCCACUUACAAGUCCAGUAAACUCCACUACGCUAGUAUUUCAACUUUAUAUGUAAUGCUGUACCAUUUUUUUGCUUAUUCUAUGUAACGUGUAAUGGCUAAUAUUGAAUAAAACUGUGACAAUAACA